CCCCCCGCCGUCAUUGCCACCGCUUUCGACGCUUUGUCUCUUGCUGCAAACGGCUGCAGAUGGUCAAUCGAUCGAUGCUUUGAGGCGCCGUCGCUUCAGAUUCAGCGCGGGGUGGACGCUGCCCGUCUGCCUGCCUGAAACCGAAUACGUCCCCGGUGUUUCCCUAUGGAGAACGGGCACUCGCUCUGGGUUGCGUGAUUUUCCUCCGGAUAAGCAGAUGCUUCGAUUGGACUCAUCACCGUAUCAGCGGCCAGUUCCGGAUGAUUGCUGAGGUGUUGGCCGCGUUUCAGUCCGGAUCAUCCCGACAGCGUCUCCAGCGCGCGCACCGACGCGCACGGCGUGCUUGGUCCAGGUUCGGGUAGUUUGGCGCAUCACAAGGUCACAGUGAUGGAGCCCGUGCACCUGGGAGGGUGGAGCGGGUUCGUGUCGGUGUCAGUGGGCUGCAGCCCGGAGCUCCGAACGGCGGCACCGGCUAAAACGCGAAGCUUCCGGGACGAGAAACGCUGAAUGAAAGAACAUUUGGGAUGUGGCAGCGCGAGCCCGAUGGAGCACGGGACGAAGGCGAAUGAGAGAAAGGGAUCGAUCGCAGCCUUGUGAAGGGGAGAACAACGCUGGCGUCUGAUUGAAAUAACAGGGUGCGGACCAUGAAGGAGGCGGAAGCAGGUUCACACCCAGAGCUGCAGAUGUUAACGAGCUCGAAGGCUGUGAAACCCGGCGCCGGAACAGGUUCACGCGCGGGGGGAGGAGUCUGUGCCACAGGUGUGAGAUGAGCGCACACAUGGCGUCCGGCGGCACCUGACAGCGGCGCCGCUCAUUAAUGGCCUGUCCGUGGGAGACUCCACGCGCAGCGCCCGCAGACGAGGACGGGUCUCACAUCAGACAGCUGGAAGAGCAGGAACCUUUCACUUACAGCAGUCACGUCCGAUAAUCAGUAUUUAGUUGGAUUAUAAUAAAUCUUUCAUUGUUAACAUUCAGUGAAUAAUUAGAAAAUGUCGGUAUCAGUGUUUGGGCAGAGACACUAACCUCAUUAACCUCAUUAACCUCAUUAACCUCAGCAUGAAUCAAAUGGCUCUGGCUCUAGUUCAGAAAGAAGCAGCAAUGAUAACGCUGGUGAGAAGAGACCGAAUGAAAAUAAAAACCUACCGAGUGAGGAGGCUGGAGACUGUGGAGCGGACGGGCUGUGAAGACACGAGCGACUGCGUUUAGAUGGAGUCCGUCAACGGCCUGGAGCUCAGGGAGCUGAAGGGCGGAGGCCGAGCGGCGCCCCCCACGCCCGCCUCCCCGGCCCGGUCCGGAGCCCCCGGCCGCGGGUACGAGAACGCGUCCUACCAGCAGGACGACGAGCUGGCCCUCCACGCGGACCCGGGGCCGGGUCACGGUCCGGGUCCGGGUCACGGUCCGGGUCACGGUCCGGGUCACGGUCCGGGUCACGGUCCGGGUCCAGGUCCGGGUCCGGGUCACGUUGCAAGCUGCUCACCCUCGACAUCAGCACAUCACAAGGAGCCGGACCAGGAGCUCUCUCCUGGCUCCUAUGAUGAGGAGGAGGGCGGCCCGGCACCGGGGCAGAACCGAGACCUCGCUGACGAGCGCUCCUCGGACUACGGCUUCGUCCUGGCGCUGGUGUUCCUUGUGAGCGGCAUCGUGCUGGUGGUGGUCGCCUACACGAUUCCCAGAGAGGCCAAGGUCAAUCCCGACUCCAUAUCGGCCCGGCAGAUGGAGAAGCUGGAGUUGUACUACGCCCAGCUGGGCGCCCACCUGGACAAGUGCAUCAUCGCGGGCCUGGGCCUGCUGACUCUGGGGGGCAUGUUCCUGUCUGUGCUGCUCAUGGUGUCCAUCUGCCGGGGCGAGAUGUACCGCCGCAGGGCGGCCUUUGUUCGGCCCAAGAGGACUUACGGCUCCAUCAACCUGCGGAUGAAGCAGCUGGCCGGCGGAGAGGGGGGCGGAGACGAGGGAGGCGCGGGCGAGGACGUCUUAGUGGAGCACAGCGGCACAGAAAGAGGACCGAGCCGGGACAAAUCAGAACCGGGACCGAGCAGGAGGCCCGUCGCCUCCUAGGAUGUCGCUCGCGUGGCCAACGUGCUGUUCUGCAGCCCGCCUUUGUCUGCCGGGGCCUCUGUCUGCGUCUGCGUCUGCAGGAGCCUCUGUCUGCGUCUGCCGGAGCCUCCGUCUGCGUCUGCAGGAGCCUCCGUCUGCGUCUGCAGGAGCCUCCGUCUGCAUCAGCAGGAGCCUCCGUCUGCGUCUGCGGGAGCCUCCGUCUGCGUCUGCAGGAGCCUUCGUUUGCCGGAGCCUCCGUCUGCGUCUGAGGGAGCCACCGUCUGCGUCUGCCGGAGCCUCCGUCUGCGUCUGCAGGAGCCUUCGUUUGCCGGAGCCUCCGUCUGCGUCUGCAGGAGCCUCCGUCUGCGUCUGCAGGAGCCUCCGUCUGCGUCUGCGGGAGCCUCCGUCUGCGUCUGCAGGAGCCUUCGUUUGCCGGAGCCUCCGUCUGCGUCUGCGGGAGCCACCGUCUGCGUCUGCACGAGCCUCCGUCUGCAUCUGCCGGAGCCUCCGUUUGCGUCAACGGGAGCCUCCCAGCUCCAAAACGAGCAUUAGCCAAGUUCACGGAUAUUUAUUCUACGCACCGGUGAAGGACGUAAGACUAAAGGGUGUAGAGGAGGAGGUAAGCCUGAGUGGAUAAGCACAGUUCACACCAGUGUUAACCAGCGGUGAAUGAUCGAAAGCACAUUACAUCAAGAGAGAAAUCAGAACCGUCUGUUUGCUGAGACCGGACAGAUGUUGAACACGUUAAUCAUGUUUCAAAUCUCAAUCACAAAACAACUGCACUUUCAGAAUCUGACCUUUCAUUGAAUGAAUGUUACUGAUAGUCUGCAGGAUUUGGACAGGAAGUGAAAGGUCUCCCCCAGACGGGCCUUUCAUAUAAAUAUGACGCUGGCUCCUGAACUCAUUGUUGAUCAUCACAUUUCCCUGUUCAUGACAUUUCACCACCAGCAUCAGCAAUAAAUCCACAGUAGAGAAGAUAACGAAAGCCACCCGUCACCAGUCUGCAGGGUGCUGAACAAAGGCUUGUUAGGUUCAACCUACUUCAAUGCAAAUUAGGUGACUCGAUGAAGUCAAUAAUGUAAAUAAAGCAGUUGCAACAUUAGUCAUCAGUCAGUUUUCCUCCUGCUUUUUCUGCUUCAUGGUCACAAUCAGCCACGUGUGUCUUCUGAUUUAAUUCUCAGAAGGUUCCAGCUUCAGGGACUGGAAUGGAUCCACUCACUGGAUUAUUCUGACUUUGCUGUUGCAAUAUUCAGAUACUUAAGAAACAAUAAUAUUUUUAGAAUUAUUUAUUCUCAGACUUGAACCUCCUUCCUUCUGCUUAUGAUUAUGCGAUUCAUUCUUAAAUUAUUCCAAUUAAUAUUCAGAAUUUUAUUGCCCUGGUGUUUUGACAUCAACCUCAGAAUAUUGUUUCUUUAUUAUCUAAAUAUUCCCACUUCAUUGUCAAAAUAUUGUUAUUCUCAUAAUAAUCUUAGAAGCUGCACGUCUCUGACCAUAAUAAAAGAAAUCAGGAUGUACCUCGUGUCUGAGCACUGGAGGAAAGAGGGUCUCUGCUGUUCCUUUGUCUCCACGUGAACAGAAAAAUAGAGUUUUAUUUGGCUUUAUUUAAAGUGAUUUUGAUGGUAAAGAAGCAACAGUUUUACAAGAGCACAGAUUAAGAUGCAGAGGGACGUGUACGAGUGAAAUGAGUCACAGUUCACACUGACACAUUAAACACAGAGCGUUAGCAGCUUCUCCACACUCGCUUCUUUUGAGGUCAGAGCCUCAAACUGACACAAUCCAAUAGUGAUAUUAAAUGAUAAAAGUAAAGGGAAUGUAAAGCUUUCUGCUGCUGUGACUGAAGACACGCACGGCCAUGAACUCCACCACAUCCCAUUUUACUGCGCUGCUGUUUAGAACACAUCGUUUGCUUUGGUCUUGUUUCAGUCUCACCAUCGGUUUUGAUACGAGGAACCUUUAAUGACAGAGCUCCUACUUCUUUGUAUCAUAUGUAAACAGAUGUUAUGACAUGAAAGGAUGAGAUGCCUUAAGACGUGAACACAAGCACUGUACAGUAAUGUGUGUCUGCACCCAUAUGAAUAUGUUGAUGUAUUAUGGUCUGUAUGGUGAGCAGAUUAUCCAACAGUGAUGUAGCUACACACUAAUGUCUCUAUGGGUCAGUCACUCUGCAGUCAAAGGCCUUAAACCACAGACCACUCGUCUACUCAUCAUCAUUUUGAAUUUCAUAUAUUAUGUUUCCAGAGUGAAUAAUUGUGAUGAUAAGCAUUGAACCAAACAGAAAUUCACAGGUUCUGUGAUUUGUGUGUGGUUUAGGAGGAGAUGUUUAGAACUGCAUUGAGCAGAGGGCCGUAAAAGAUGUGGGAGAGGCUAUAGGCUGCAGCAGAGCGGCUGCGUUAGCGUACGUGAGCUGAUUCCUGAAGAGAGCGCUUUCAGCUGUAGGGGGGAGACGGCGAGUGACUGUGCACAAAGCUGAACGCUUUGAAUGACACAUAUUCAGGUUUCUCCUGCUGCCUGUGGGCGCCGCAACAAAGAGACCGAAAUAAACAGACAGACGCGACUCAGCUCGAGCUCUUUACAAGCACGAAACAGCCACAGACGGGUCUCACCUGCGUGAAGCUGCAGGCGCUGAUGAGCUGUGGAGCCACACAGACAUGGUGGCGUUGGCUGCACAGCUGGAGAGGCUGCACUGUGGUGACACAGACGCUGCGCUGCCGGACGGAGCGGCGUCAGGGUCCCAGAGCCACUCACAACGGGAACCGAGUGGGAACAGUGGAACGCAGACAAAGCCAAGAAGCACAGACCUGCAGGAGGCACCGACCAAAGCGACCGGACCUGAGAGACGAGGGCUGAAGGAUGAACGCCAAGACACGAGCACCUUGGUCAAAGGCGAAGGGGAAAUCUAUCUUCAUUCUGCCGACAGCUCAGUGAGAAAAUGUCUAUUUAUACCAGCGACUGUUGGUGGAGCCACUCUCAGAUGUCAUGGAAAGUCCUUGUGGGGACACGACACACAAAACAAUGUCAAGCCUUAAAAUAUCCGGCCCAGUGUAAAAUGUAAGUCAGCGCCUGCUGAUGAGGGCACAGCGAGCGCCAGCGGGCGGAGCCGAAUAAACAGAAUUCAGUCCAACGUUCAAUGGAAGAUCAUGCCUUUAAACAAAACAUUCACCUGUCUUUACCUGCGGCUGCACCUCUCGUUGCCGUGGUAACGGGUGACUAGGUGUAGCUGCCAAGGCUUUGUUGGAUAAAUUCACCGGGUUCAUGAGUUGUUCUCCCACUUUGGCUCCGGGUUAACAUCCCCUCACAGCAGUUGAACAGACGUUCACGUUGAUUAUAACAUCAGCUGAUUUUAGCUGUGCGUUAGCGCCCCCUGGUUCUUGCUGAUUAUAGGAAGGCGCCAGAUGUGGUAAACAUCUGGACAGCAUGCCCAUCGUCCAAGCAGCUUAUGUUCUGUGUGCAUUGAUUGUGGUGGUAAAAUAAAUGAGACUCAUAAUGGACGCAGACAUUAUUAAAGUGAUAGCGGCUCUAAAUCAAAGCACAAGUUGGACGUUGAGUGGCUGUGAUUCUGUAGAACGGAGUAGAGCUGCUUAACUAGAUGUCAGACGUUAAGGAGGCAGUGGUGUGUGACAUUAGAUACAUACGUAGCGUUGUGUGCUGAUCAGAGGUCAGUCCCUGCAGCUGCUUGGGAUUCAGGACUUUUCUCAAGGACAGUUCAGCAGCGGGAGGGUUCUGACCCCCCGCUCCAGCUCAUUAAUCACAACACACCCUGCUGCCGCAGAAGGAUCCAGCAAAAAUGCCAACGCCAUGAAAAAAAGCAACUACAACAUAAUUGUCUAGGAUUUCAUAGAAACAGCUGCUGAACUCACGUGGGAAUGAAAAUAAAGUGUAACAAACAGUUUCACAUCUGUGUCUUUACCUGAUGGUUACAGAACCCAAACAGUAGCAUUUCCCUCCACGACUCAAUGAAUGUAGGAACAAAUGCAGGCAUCACAGCUGUGUCCCCAACACCACAUCUGUCCUUCACGUGGUAGAGAUGUAUAAUCAGCGUGUUAGUGAUUUUAUACUGGAGGAAACUUUCAGUCAAACAGUCGUCUGCAGCAACUGAAUCAUCACUAAUUAAAACAUAAAUCGAUUCCAUCUGGGUGAAAACCAUGAACUGUCUGAAAAACCAGAUGAGAUGUUAAGUCUGUGUGUGAAUCAAUGAUCUGAGACAAUGAAAGUAACAUUAGCACAGAAGAAGUUAAAGUGAUAUAUGACUUUAUGAUAUGAUUGUUGUUUACUCUGAGCUGCUGGAGAUGAUUCCAGAUGCAGAGCGGUUCUAGAACAUGUCUGUGAGUCUUGUUUUUUUUUACUGAGCAGAGUGAGAUGUUUUAAUGUGACAACCAGGCAGACGGAGGCUUGGGUGUGGAUGUAGUUCAGCUCAUUAGUUCCUUUUAACUUGACUGUUAUUGAAGUAACCUUAGCGUCAUGAGAGUUCAUAAUGUAGGAGGUGAUGUGAAAACAGCUGAAGAUCAAACAGAUGGAUUCAUUACAAGCAUCAGUUAAAAUGUGAUGAGUUCUGGUUUUACUUUUCUCUCUGCAUUUAAUGAAGAGCACAGCGACGUGUAACUGCUAAGAUGCUCCCCUUAAACCUAAUGGAAAUAAUGGAAGUUUGUCUUUUCCCAGUAAGUGAUUAAACAGACAUAUUAUUCACGUCAUCUGUCCCUCUCAUCUGUUAAAAGCUGCCUCGCCUGCAUGUCGCUGUGUGGUACCUUACGUCUGUACAUACGGAACGACUGCAUCGUCUGUAACAAUGAUGCUGAUUCAAAACGUGACCAAUAAACUUCCUGUUCUGCUGUUGUUUUAUUGGA